GGAAGUGACGCGCAAUUGGGACUCUCCUCUCUUCUCACUGACCUUCCAAACUGCAUUCUCUUCUUCUCCAUUAAGCCGCUCAUUCUUCUUUCUUUCUCUUCUCUCGUUAUUCACCUUCUAAAUCUUCCUCCGAUGGCCUACGAGAAGAUCAUUUUGGGAAUGGGCAAUCCCCUGCUCGACAUCUCCGCCGUCGUCGACAACGCUUUCUUGCAGAAUUAUGAUAUCAAGUUAAACAAUGCUAUUCUUGCCGAAGAGAAACAUUUGCCGAUGUAUGAGGAAUUGGCUGCUAAAGAUAACGUGGAAUAUAUUGCAGGAGGUGCCACUCAGAAUUCCAUUAAAGUUGCUCAGUGGAUGCUUCAAAUUCCUGGUGCUACUAGUUACAUCGGUUCCAUUGGAAAGGACAAAUUUGGGGAGGAAAUGAAGAAAAACUCGAAGCUUGCUGGUGUCAAUGUACAAUAUUAUGAGGAUGAAACUACUCCCACUGGUACAUGUGCUGUCUGUGUUGUAGGUGGUGAGAGGUCACUUGUUGCUAACUUGUCAGCCGCAAACUGUUACAAAACCGAGCACUUGAAGCGACCUGAAAACUGGGCACUUGUGGAGCAGGCAAAAUACUACUAUAUUGCUGGAUUUUUCUUGACGGUUUCCCCAGAGUCCAUCCAACUCGUUGCUGCUCAUGCUGCCGCAAAUAACAAGGUCUUCAGCAUGAAUCUUUCUGCUCCUUUCAUUUGUGAAUUCUUCAGAGAUGUGCAGGAGAAAGCUCUGCCGUACAUGGAUUAUGUGUUUGGAAACGAAACAGAAGCAAGAACCUUCUCAAAAGUUCAUGGAUGGGAGACCGACAAUGUCGAGGAGAUUGCCAUAAAGAUUUCCCAAUGGCCAAAGGCAUCAGGAACACGCAAGAGGAUCACCGUCAUCACUCAAGGUGCUGAUCCUGUGGUGGUUGCUGAAGAUGGGAAGGCAAAAUUAUUCCCUGUUAUUUUAUUGCCCAAGGAGAAGUUGGUUGACACCAAUGGGGCAGGAGAUGCGUUUGUUGGGGGGUUCUUAUCUCAAUUGGUUCAAGAGAAGCCCAUUGAAGACUGUGUGAAAGCCGGUUGCUAUGCGUCUAAUGUGAUAAUCCAAAGGUCCGGCUGCACAUACCCUGAGAAACCCAACUUCAAUUAGACAGCUUUGGUAUGAUGCAGGAUUAUCAAAUCCUUUCCUUCCAUGCUAGAGCAGCAGCAAUUUUUCACCUCACAUCUCCUCUAUUACUUUAUUAUGAAAAGUCUUUAUAUAUUCACUUCUAAAUCCAUCCAUCGAGACUCGGGAGUCGAUUCUAUUUUUUGAAUUGUCCAAUUUUUCUCAGAGUAUUUCAUCUCAUGAUGGAAAAUUUUCAUUUGAGCUAGACUCUGAAUUUGAAUUGAUAUCGUUUAAUCUCGAACCAUGUGUAUCUCAAGUUAUGAAGUUUGUAAUUUUGGAUGCAUCUUUGAACUGAUCGGAAGAAAUUUUUUGACUCUAUAAUU